AUGGGAUUGUGUUCAUCGAAAAGCUCAACUAUAAAUUCGACAACAAGUGACAAACAGCAUCAAAAUAAUCAACAUACUAAGGUUAAAAAUACCAAUGUUGCUAAUAUAAAUCCUAAAGAAAAAGACAUACCCCACUCUAAAAAUAAAGUACCUGAUAAUACUAAUACAGAAAAGCAACUGCAAUCAAAUCAUCCCAUUCCAAAAAAAAAGGAUCAAAAUGAUACGGCUUCUGUAGCUAAGAAUAUUGAUAAUGAUAAAAAUAACUCAAGCUCCCUAAAUACAACUGAAAAUAUUAUUGUGACAAACUCUAAUAACAACAAUGCUUCCAAGAAUAAAAAGCUUGCACAAAAUGCCACUGCUAUCAGAAAACAGUCUACUAACAGUAGUAGUGGCAGCUCUACCAACAAACUAACGGUUCAUCCAUUGAAAAUGUUACUAUUGGGAUCUGGAGAAAGUGGUAAAUCAACUAUAUUGCAACAAUUAAAAAUUUUACAUCAAAAUGGGUACACCGACAAGGAGUUAAUGGCAUAUAGGCCCUUUAUUAUGGAUAAUAUUAUAGAAAUUGGUAAAGAUUUGAUUCAUGCAAGAGAUUUAUUUGGAUUGAACGAUUACACAGAUGAUGACUAUAAAAUUUAUAUAAAUGGUCGUGGGAAAACGGACAUCACUUAUGAUGAACUUAGGAAUUCCAUAAUUGAUUUUCAACUGUUUAAUUUAUCCUCGGUUAUUAAAAAUGAAGAAGAUGGAGAGGAAGUACGAGCAAACACAACUACCACAGAAAUUAUAGAAAGUGAAAAGUUUAUUCUUUUUAUUAAAAAUUUGGAUAUUUUAUGGUGUUUACCUUCCACAAGAAAACUUUUGAAUGAUCCAAUGAAAAAAAGUCAAUUUUACUUGAUGGAUAACUCUGGUUAUUUUGUUAAAAAGUUGGUUUUAACUUCAGAAAUAUUAAAUGUAAAUUAUAAACCCUCAUUAACUGACAUAUUAAAUUGUAGGAAAAAAACUACAGGUAUCCAUGAUACUAUAGUCAAUAUGGACGAUAAUUUGGUAUUGCACAUUUAUGAUGUGGGUGGGCAGAGAAAUGAAAGGAAAAAAUGGAUUCAUUCCUUUGACAAAGUUUCUAUCAUCUUAUUUUGUGUCUCGCUAAGUGAGUAUGAUCAAACUUUAGCUGAAGAUAGUUCUACAAAUAGAUUAGAAGAAUCUUUAGUUUUAUUUGAUUCCUUAGUCAAUAGUAGGUGGUUUACUAACUGUUCAGUCAUCUUGUUUUUAAACAAAAUUGAUUUAUUCGCCGACAAAAUUACAAAAGUUCCUUUAUCCAACUAUUUCCCAGACUAUACCGGUGGUCCUGAUAUUAAUAAAGCAGCAAAAUAUAUUUUAUGGAGAUUCCUUCAACUAAAUAAGGUAAAUCUAAAUAUAUACCCUCACAUUACACAAGCUACUGAUACCAGUAAUAUUCAACUAGUCUUUGCAGCUGUUAAAGAAACAGUAUUAGAAAAUAGUUUAAAGGACUCCGGUGUAUUGUGA